AUGAUAAUUAAUUUCUCUGAAACUGUCUACAAGAGAUCAACAUUUUCUGUUUUCAAAGUACAUGGGUUAGCCCAGGCAUCAAUAGCUAAUUGUGUAUCAGAAACAUUUUCUGCUAUUCGAAUAGUAAGAUCUUUUGGUGGUGAAAAGUGGCAGAUGUUUACAUUUGCUAAACAGGAUGAGCUCUCUGUCGGAUCUAUAGCAUCUUUUAUUGGAUAUACUUUUAUUUUAACAUUUGCCGUUCAAGGACUGGUUAAUACCUUUUGGGAUCUCCGAGGAGCUUUUGCGGCUGUUGACAGGAUCAACUCUAUUUUAUCUCGAGUUCAAGUUGAUGAUUAUCUUGCCUAUGGCUUAGAAAGAGAACUAAGGCAACAGAAAGCAGUGGAUGAUGAGAAAUAUAAAUAUUUGUUUGUGAUGAAUUAUAGUUGAUGUAUCAACACACUUUGAUGUAUGGUUGUUACUUAAUAUUAUAGUUGAUGUAUUAAUACACUUUGUUUAUGUUUUGAAUUAUAUUAACUUGCUUGUU